AUGAUUAUACAUUACCCACUAAAGAUCAAGGAGAAGUCUUGCACAUUCCACGAGGAUUGUAUCUUUACGGAGGUGUGGAUACGAUUGGAUCAGGAGAAAAGAAAACAAUUGGAACGAUAUGGCAGACAGAGACACAUUAGCUUGGAGAGGAAUCAAGAUGUUAUUGGACAAGUAGCGCAUGCAAUAGCAGAUGAAAGUCAUUUACUUUGCUUUGAUGAAUUUCAAGUCACUGAUGUAGCAAAUGCAUUGAUUAUGAGAAAACUCUUUCAUGUGCUGUUUACUCGAGGUGUAGUAAUGGUUGCAACGUCAAAUACACCACCACAGGAUUUGUAUCGAGACGGCACAAAUCGCGAGUAUUUCUUGCCGUUUCUUGAUCAGCUGGCGAAACACACGAGGGUAGUGUCAAUGGACUCGGACGUAGACUAUCGCUAUCUCUGUGAGCGCAUGAAUGGCACGGAGACCUUCUUAUCGCCACUUUCAAAUGCUACAAAAAUAAAGAUGGACAAGUUGUAUCAAGACUUACUAGUUGCUGAUGACCGUGAUUUUGCUCGGAGUAAUGGUAGGGUUCAGGACAAACUGCUGCGUGUGCCAGUGAUGAUGGGGCGUACACUGGAUGUGCGUGGUCAUGUUAAGAGCGGUGUGUGUCGUACGUCGUUCCGUUUCUUGUGCCAUAGUGAAAAAGGUGUCGCCGAUUACAAGGCGAUGGCAGAGUGCUUUCAUACCUUGGUGCUGGAUGAUGUACCGAUACUAGGCAUGGCACAACACGAUCAAGCGCGACGAUUUAUUGUGCUUGUGGACGAAUUGUAUGAACAUCGAACACGUCUAGUGAUAUCAUCUGAAGCUGCAGAGCCUCGUGGUAUAUUUUUGUUUGACGACGAGACGGUUUGGGCAGCGUCAAAAGGUACCAACAGCCUGUCUGUCAUUGAAGAGGAGAAGCAGCGCAUGAAUAAGGAGAAUGCGACACUAGGCGUACCAAGCACAAGUUCGUGGGAUUCCCCUAUAGGUGCGUAUGGUCCGUCGCAGAUGACCGCUUGGGAUGUAGGUGACUUGGUUGCGCUCACAGACCUGAAGGUAGCGUUUAAGCGCGCGGUAUCCCGAUUACGUGAAAUGCAAGGCACUAGAUAUAUUUGUGAAAACAUUUGCUGGCGCCAUGAGCGCAUAAGGCGUCUUGAGAGUGUAGUUCAGAUUAUCAAGGAGUAG